CUGCGGACCGUCAGGAUUCAGGUCCAAGUUUUCGCGCCGAGCUCCGACCACGCAACGUGCACACCACGCUGCCAGCGACACGAGGCCCGCCUUGGAUGUCAGCCCUCGAUCCACCGCCAAGUGGAGUCGUUCGAACGCCUUGGAUCAUCCCUCGCGCUUCAUCCGUCAGAACCGGAAGUGUUGGACGCGCCAGCCACGAAGAACCCGGGGAAAAGUUCGCCCUCGAGUUGGACCCCGGUGGCGGGCCGAGACACCUCCAGGUAGCAGAAGAAGCCGGGAGGUUACCGAGGAGGGUUGUUUGUGAUACACCGGUGUGAUCGACGAGUGUAUGGUCUCGAAAGUGAUACCAGGGAAUCAGAGCGUUGGGGUGCGUGCGCCGUUCUGUCGUCACGUGGACGGAGGAACACACGCACGCUUGGAUUCCGGACCCGCUUUUCGCUCUCGAGAAACUGUUGUGUCGUGAACUGAUAAUUUGUGACUGGGUGAGCCGUGUUUUCGGACACGAGUGCCGCGUGAUCGUAUCGGUGUCCAUAGACUCGCGCGUCGCGGCUGACCAUUGACUAUCGUCGGACAGUGCCGAGAGGUUUCUUUUCGCGAUUUUUGGAGUGCUGGGAGGACUGUUUGAGAAGUUACGUUACCGAGGCCCACGUGUAGGAGGCGUUAAACGUGCCAGGUGCCCUGGACAGGUGGUGUUAAUCGAUCAACGACGAGCGUCGAUCCGAAGGAAAAAAUAUCGCCGACUCUCGGUGGUGACACAAGGACUCUAAUAAACUCCUAAUUAUCCUCCGCGGGUAAUUACACACGUGACACCGUUGCUGUGCCCGCUCUAACGCGAAAUUACGCGAUAGCCAUCGGCCAGUGCCUCACUGACAAAUAGAAUAAUUAAAAUCGCAUUAAAAGAACGCUCCACCGUCGUUCGUGCCUCCCGCCUUAUCUCGCGACGUUAUACCGCGAGUUACUUUUUUUUCGGAAGCUGCUCCUUUCGAGGAUUUCGAGGAUUUCGAGGUUUAUUCGACUCCCUGGUGAUCGACCGAUCGCUCCUAAUUACUCGCAAUUAGCCGGCGUAAUUAAGUAGACUGAUGUCACGGCGGUCGAUGUAUUCGUGAAUCGUUUGUCCGUCGAGGUCGGUCCAUCGAGGCUAUUUGUCGUCGUUAGACGACGUGGAGUCGUGAAAGAGAAACGAAGGUGUAAAGGGAACCUGAGUGGAACGCCCCAAGUCGUUUUGUGCACGAGGGGAACGCGAACGACGGGCCCGCUGACGCUGGGAACAAGGCUCGGUUCCAUCCAGCAGGUGGCAACGUGCUAAAUACAUAAUAGCAGUCGGUGUAAACCACGUCAGGACGACGUCCCACGUACAGCUGUCACAGAUCUCCUUCGAUUACGAGUCCCCGGGAUGCAAGACUGACAUGGCAGAGGGUUCGGCCGAAGAGGAACAGAGCAGUACUGCUGCGCCCGCUUCCCCGCCAGCUGAUCUUCGCACUCUGAACACCCGAUUGUCGCCGCCUUAUCACCACCAGCCCCAUCUCCACCCUCGUCUUCAGCAUCUGCAGCAUCCCAACAUGUUGGCGACCGCCGUACCGCCCAGGCACAGCCACAGGAUGCUGUCUCAUCAGGUGAAAACGGAAGCGGAGUUCGACGGUCCCUGCGACGUGCCAUUGAAUCUGAAGAGCGAGUGUUGGACGACUCACCUUGGCGUGAGUGCUUUACCGUCAUGGGACUUCGAUCGUCGAUUGCACGAUAGCGACAGGAGUAGCGUUGGCAGCCCUGAGCCAGCCACCGCAGGCACGCUCCAUGAACAUCAGAUGAUGCUGGACGACAUGAAGAACUCGCGGAAGAAGGGACACAGUCCCUCGCCUGAAAACCUUCACCAAGCGAAGGGUGCAUCAGUCCAGGAACAUCUGAAUGGGACAAUGGCUGGCAUGGUGACCCUGCAGAAUCUUCAGAAUCUGGCGAAUCUGCAAAACCUCCCGCAAGUCGCCUCUUUAGCCGCGGGUCUUCAGGGAAUGACAGCGGGGCUGGCGAACAAUCAGCUCAUCAACACGCCCUUGAAUCUCACUGUCAGCUCGUCCGGUGGCACGGUACCAACAGGCUCGAGUACGACAGCUGCAUCGCAUCUCCUUCCACCAAAUUCGACGCCAAUGGCGACAUUACCGCAGCUAUUAUCACAGCAGCAACCGGUCGCAAUGCCUCAAUUCAUCCUAAUGUCCGGUCAAUUGGUCCAAGGCAUUCAAGGGGCUCAGCUUCUUAUCCCUACGUCGCAAGGAAUCGCCACGCAAACUAUCUUGACGAUCCCCGUCAGUCACGUCACGAACAAUCAGAUGGUCAACCUGGCACUCAGCAACGGCCAGAUGGUCUCCACGACGCUGGCGAAUCUUCAGUCCAUCGCUCAGAGUACGCUGGGCACACCGACCAACAAUGGUGAGUUCACAGCGGACAACGUUUCUCUUUUCCAUGACGCAGUCCCGACAAGUCCCAAUUCAGCAUCGAGACUGGGACUGAAUCCAGCGGCGCUGCCUCAUCUGCUUAGCAUCAGUUCGGCCAGCCAGCAGCUUCUGAACGCGAUGCAGCCCCAGCAACUGCUUCAGGCCGCACAAGCGGCCCAGGCCGAAGCCGCGCAAGCCGCGCAAGCGGUCCAGGCCGCGCAGCAGGCCUCGCAGCAACCGCUCCUGACGACGUCGCCGCCUCAACAGCACGCCCGUCGACACAACUCCCACAUGAAUCACUACACGCCGACGGAGAAGCAUCACAGGGAGAGGCCCGAGCAAUCGUCGCCUUUGAACGAGUCGGUGGUGUCCGCGGCAUCGGCGCUGAACAGACUCGCGGCUAGCAACGGGGAGAUCAGCAUCACGACAACGCACGAACCGAGCAGCACCGGUUUGAAGCAAUCGCCUGGCAGCAUGCACAGUAUGAAGGAGGACGAACACGAUCUGCUGAACGACUCGCCUAAUCAGCCGACCAUCAACGAGGCCACGAACAACGUUGUAGACGGCAUCAAUCUGGAAGAGAUUAAAGAGUUCGCGAAGGUGUUCAAGCUGCGCAGACUGUCGCUGGGUCUGACGCAGACCCAGGUGGGCCAGGCCCUGAGCGUGACAGAGGGCCCAGCUUAUAGCCAAAGUGCCAUAUGCAGUGCCCUGGCUACCGAGAUGUACGCUGCCUCGCAGAUUGCCUUUCAGCAGCAAGCUACUACAUUCGAGAAGUUGGACAUCACGCCAAAGAGCGCGCAAAAAAUAAAACCGGUCCUCGAGACGUGGAUGAAAGAAGCUGAAGAAAGUCUGCGUGAUUACAGGUACAAAAGCGGGGCGAAUCAUCUGACGGACUUCAUCGGGGUGGAACCCAGCAAGAAGCGAAAACGACGAACUUCGUUCACCCCGCAGGCCCUGGCACAGCUAAACGCUCACUUCGACUUACAGACUCAUCCUAGUGGUAACGAUGUCACAACAUUAGCGCAUCGUCUCGGAUACGAUCGAGAGGUGAUAAGGAUUUGGUUUUGCAACAAGAGGCAAGCUCAGAAGAACGCCGCGCGGAUGAUGUCGAAGACUAUCCACUAAAGCAACAGCCCGCAGCGGAAUUCGUCCCAAGAAAGGAAACAGUGAGCAAGAAAAGCUUUAAGGACUCGAUCACACGUUGAACAGAAGUAUUCCACGAGAUUUGAAUCACCUAGGACAUCAGAUUCCCUUCCCUAAAAGGAAGACAACCGAGUCUAAGUGUCGUAUUAUUGAAAUAUUACGAUUAAUCGGUGCGUUAAGGGAACACUUUAAAAAUUCAUGCUUUUCAGCCAGCGCCGGGCUUGAAUUUUUAAAAACACGCGCCGUAACCCCCCCGGUCGGCGUAAAGAUCAAUGUGAUUUUCAGGCGUAUACGAGACCCACCUGUAAAUAAUUUUAAUCUACGAAUAUGUGAUGUACAGGAGUCGAGCGACGGGUAUUGAUAAUUCUGUCCAGUCCUCUUCGACUCGUUCGAUGUCUGAUCGCAUCGAAAAUCGCGAGUCCGAACGGGUUUAUCGACGGUAGAAAACAUAGGUCGCCUUCCUAUUGACAGUCGAUUAGGUACCAACCGAUGCUACCUAUUUACCGACGUACGGUAAACGAAUCCUUACACACCGACGAAUGGUACGCGAAUACCAGCCCAUGGUAAAACAGAGUUUUAAAUUUUGCGAGCCCCUGAGCGACCUCUUUCCAGGUGUUCGCCGCGUUUUAUCCUUUUGAUAUUCGAGAGAAAUUUCUCAUGGGCUGCGACUGUGCGCGACUGGUCGAUCGGGCAGCAAUUAUUACGUCUGCGUCUCGAUUCGUCAAUUUAGGGUAAGGAAUUCCGCAAGUAAUCGCACAGAUAAUACUAGUUCAUAAAACAAUUGAGAAGCUUCCAUCUACCGAGAAUCGUCUGUCCAAAGAGGACGAAGCACAAACGAGGAUCGUACGAAACGUAUGAUGAUCUUGACGGAACGAGGUUAUCCUCAUCCGAAGAAUGCAUCCAGAAUUAAGGAACCACAGGAUGGACAGUGGGUCCACUGAACACAGAAAUGAAGCAACGAGAACAACAGUAUCAACUCAAUACCACCACGUUCAUCAUGCCACAUAUAUGAUAAUAUAUAUACACACAAGGAUACAAUUCAUUUGUCGAGGAAAUAGCAACGGAAAUGUUUUACAGUACCGCCGAUAUCGUUUAUGACGAUCGUACCAAUUUAGUUCUGUUCUUUGUCGAUCGAACGACCAUUUUUCUUACGGGGCUUCGUUAAACUGUUUCCAACCGUAUUGUUCUCUGGGUGUGCUCGUCUGUAAAUUACGCGUGUAUCUCGAGAUCUGCUAAACGAAAAAAGAAAAAGAAUAAAAAUAAAGGAAAAGGAAAGGCGAACGGUAAAGGUGUAAAGAAAAACGAAGAAAUGGAACUGAAGAAAUCUGUAGCGAGUAAAAUUAAAUGCAAUAACGAUUUUGAAAGUAUACUGCGAUCGUAAGAAUCCUCCUGAAGCUCUUAAAAUUGUAUUCGAACCAGAAAGAAAGGAAUGUAAAAGGCGAUCGAGGUUUCUGCAGGAUAGGAAGAAGAAAAAAGGAAACACUAGUCCGUAAUAAUCUGCCAUAUACGAGGUAUACCUAUUAAACAUUUACGCAUCUUUCGUUCCUAAAUGUUCGAUCUACAUGCCCGCUGGUGAUUGAAUCGAGAUUUUGAACUGAACGUGUCCCCGUCUGUCGCGGGGAGUUUGUAGCCGAAUCAAUUAAUUCAAUUUGCCCUUUAAUUGGAGACACGCAGGUUCCAAUUAAAGCAGGAACUAAAUACCAAUGAUUCGAAUGGAUUAGAAUCACCUUUAAUAUGAGUUUCAAAGCGCUGACCUGCAUCUUGGUCGGAACCGAAUCAAUUGGCCGCUCGAAGUCGCUGACGAGAGGCUAUCCCCACCACACUCACUGGCCACGCCCUCCAGUCUCCACGCUCCGCCCUCCCGUGCCGCCUCUUAUCUCUUUACUCCGCCCCCACGGUCACACAGAACUUGCAAACCUGCUUUCUAUCCUUCAUCUAACGGAAGAAGCUAACAAGGAGUAAAUAUUGCUCUAAGCUUGAUUUGCAACGGCAGAAGCGACAUUGAGUAAUCCAGUUGAAUUCAAUUCGUCCAAUCUGGGCAAUUUCAUUCGAGUCACCCUAUACAAAUUGUUUAUAAUAAAUGCGUUCUAAUACACGCAUCACAUGCAACGAGCAGAAAUGUUGUACGAUUCUGAUUCGGUUGCAAAUUUGUCGUGCGACAAACGCAGACUAAUUCGAGCCGAUGAAUCACGCGUUCACUGCUAAGGGGCGUCGAUUCGAAUCGAUGAUUCGAACGUUCGAACCUGUGGGCGGGGCCACGCGACGAUCAUGGACGAGCUAGUUCCACAAUUCCACGGACGAAUUCCAUAUUUACGCAUCCAGAGGAAUGAUUCUUUCGACGUGCGAGCGAAUAUGCGAUUAUUCAAGCUAAAUAUCGACCACGAUUGACGAUAUUAGUCAUGUACUCCCGGUAAUCGAUAGUGAUAAUAGCGUUUCUUUGAAUGCGUUCCCGCUUAAGUAAGAAGUUCUUUCUUUCACGCGUCUAACUGAAGGUAAAUAGUCGUUUAAAUAGCGCGCCACCGACGUUCUCUCGGACAUUUUCCUUCUUGUGUAAUAAACGAUACUCUAGGCGACACCCAUCUCUCAUAACACGACGAUUUUCUUCGAUAUUUCAAACUCGAUUAAAUAAUUACCACAUAUGACUGUGCGUAUAAGAGAAAAAAAUAACACACAUAUACACACACACAUAAACAGAAUGUACUAUCCGAAACUACCCUUCCCGUUGUAUCGAGCUAAUCAUUACACGAUAACUGCAGCCAGACGACGUCGAGUGGUCGUUCGAGGUCAUCGGAGAAAGGGGGCGCGGCUUUGCGCCCCCACCGGCCGCGUUAGGCCCUCCCCUUCGCGCGUGGACGCUCUCGAUUCGCGCCCGACGCGUCCGGAGGCGGGAGGCGUGGCCUCCGACUACCAAUCGCGGUCGACUCGACGAUAUUAACCACGAGAUUCUUACCGAAACGUAGCUAGGAGCGCGAGGGUAGCGUGUACAUAUUAAGGAGACACCUAGGGACUGUAAUAUUAAAUAAAAGCUACUAAUACUUUUAAUAUCGUAAUAGCUGCUAACAGCUACGACGAUUCAUGGGAAUGAAAAUUUACAUGGUUUAACGAGAUAAAUUUCUAAGGGUAAUGAACAAAAAAAAAAUAUGAAAAAAAGGUAAAUUACACACGCGUACUUUAAGGUGUAUAUUUUACUCCUACCGUUACGAUACGAUGCGAGCAAAGUGAUCUGUUCCUAACGAAGCACAUUGUGAAAGAGAUAUACAAAACGAACAAAAGUUUAAAAAAAAAAAGAAAAGAAAUAAUAAGAAAGACGAUUACAGAACAAAAGGCGAGAAGUGGAUGACACGGUGUAGUAGCAUACGAGCGAAUAUGGCGGCACGGUUCCGGGGGAGGGAUGGGGAGGAGGAGGGGAGGGUUGAAGGGCGGGGAUACUAUUAAAAAUUCAAAAUUUUGAGUACUGGGGAUUGGGAGGGGGUAAGUUGUCAUUUUUAAAUAAAAAUGUGGCGAGAAAAAAUAAACACGUUUGUACAGAGAUAUUCCGGUUAUAAAAUUUUGUUAUACGAGAGAAAAUAAAGGGGGCGGGGGUUGAGAAUGACGCGUGCGCAGCGGAUGUUCGCGGACGAACAAUGACAAAAACAAUGUGAGAGAGAGAGCGAAGCACUGAAUAACGAAAAAGAGAGAGAGAAAAGUUUACGAAUCUUGUGUAUUUUCUUCGUGAAAUUGAUAUUCAAAUAGAUCAUUACGGAAAUAUAAACAUGAGUAUUACACACAAAAAAAAAAAUCGUGAAUUGUAUUCGUGAGUGUCAUAUUUCUAAGGAAGAUAGAUCCACGGGCGAAUGUUUUAUAACAGUUUCCGGCCGAAUCACUUGUUCAGGCUGUCCAAAAGUACGCGGUGAAAAAUAACGUUACCAGGAGGAAAAGAAAACACGGAACGGAAACAAAAUACACGACGGACACACGAAAUAGAAAAAAAGGAAAAGUAGAGAAAAAGAAGAAGAAAAAAAAAACGACGACGACGAACCACGGGAAGACGGAAUUUUUUUCGUUUGCAAGCGAAACAAGAGGAAACUGCUUCUGAAACAUUGCCCAGCGAAACCAAAGUUCCUACUACGUUUUAUAAAGUAUAUAACUGAACUGCAGAACUUGAAUUGUACAUAAACGAUGGUUAAGCUAGCCAACACGAUUCACAAAUACAAUCAGGCGAGUCUUGACCACGUGCGAAUGACAAGAUGCAGGGUCAAUUGAUUCCACGUCGCGAUUUAUUCAUGCGGGCGUAGAUCCAGCGUGAGAGGAUCGAUCGUGGAUGAAACGAGAAUAGGAAACAAACGGGCGUAAAACGGUCGGUGAAUUCGCCUAACGCCUUUUCGAUCCUAAAGACGGGAGACAAUUGAUCGUGACAGCGCAUUAAACGACGAGCAUACGAUACAUACAGAACACACGCAAACAUAUACGUUGCGACAGUGACACGUGUUCAACGUAACACACGCAUACGUUGGCAUACACACAGUUACAUUUACACACUCGGAACAGUUGAAUGCAAUUAAACACAUUAAGUAUACAAUUAAAUUAAGCAGCCGUAGCUUUAGCUUGAAUGUUAGCACCUAGACACACGAUGUAACAUUAAACUACGUAUUUAAAAGUGAACGGAGACGAGAAUCCUUAGCGGUUAAGCGAAAAAAAUACCUGUGUAAAAUCUAGUAGGUGUCCACAAGAAUAAAAUAAAAACAUAUAUUGUGGUACAAAUCACACAAAGAUUGCAUACCUUCAGGCCCUGACUGCGCAUUCCACCGACUCUGUACAUAAUACACUAUGUACGUCGCUCAUUUAUGUAUGAUUUCUAUGUAUAACGGAAUUAUAUAUUAUUUACACGAU